CCUCGACACGUCCGACACGGUCUACAUCUCUGCGACUUCUUUGGUCUUCUGCACAGAGCUAUAUGCGCUGAGGGAACACUUGGCUGAUAUUAUCUGAUAGACUGGCUAUUAAUGGUCAUCAUGACUACGGUUUUACCCCCCGUUUACUCCCUAUCAGCAGAAUGCCCUGUCAAGUGGACAAUUGCGCAGGAGCGUGCGCUGAACGAUGAGGUCGUAUGCUAUGACGAGGAACAUAGUAUCACAGGAGCAGCGAUAUAUGCAAGACAGGUUUAUCUACGAUUUUUAUGGUUCCCCGAGUCCAUCGUCCCCCUCCGUGCUCUCGUUGCAUCACUCCUACGAAUCCAGUCACCUACGACGUCACCAUGCUCGUCCUCUGGCGUCCCUUCACAUCCCCUGCACGACCUCCUUCGCCCGCUCCUCCUAACUCCGCGGUCGACAUCCCAGAAGUACCACAGCCGCAUCAAUCGAUUAAUUGAAGACGACCGCCACUCAGAAGACAAUGAGGAGCAGAUGCUGUGGCUCGCCUACCGGAACGCCAAAGGCGAUGCUGAGCUGGAGCAACAGACACAAGAUGCAUCCGGUGCGGUGAGCAUGUUUGACGCAGAAGAAGCGUGGAAGGACCGAUGGCUCGCGAGGAUGGAGCAGCGCGAAGUUCAGGUACAGAUCAUCCUGCAUUUCCUUCUCCUCUCCCUUCCUGGCGCACCGACACCUCCCAUCGAAGAGCUCCGGGCUGAGCUCCCAGUGCACCUCUCACCGUCUAAGAAACGCAGGCGGAAACACAGGGAGCCUACACCUCCCCCGCAGGGUCCCUCUCUCGAGGAGUGUCUCGAGCUCUUCAUGGACAAGCUAUCAAUGUGGCAGCUCAUGUCUGCACUCGACGCUCAGGAUGCGCAACGCGAUCGGGGCACAAUUGCACGAGCUAAAGGCAAGCAGAGAGUCGAGGACGAGCGGGACUGGAUGCAGAUUUUUUGCGAGGACGUCGUCGAGCCU